UGAGAUGAUGAUGCAUGAUUGACAGAUAAGGAUGGUGGACUAAGAUGUAAUGAAAUCAAACGGACAAAAAGGAAGCUGGUAAUAUUAGUGGAUCAUUAACACAACACCACAGCGUAUAUACGGUUACGUUGGUUUUGCAGCUUGCUUUUCUGUUCAAAAGUCUUCUUCUUCAAAACCCCUGCUUACCGUUGCACACGCAAACUUUCAAAAAGAAACUAUAUACUAUCAUUUAAUCCCCGAAUGCGUUUCUUAUUCUUUUUCUUGUAAUUGCAAUUUUCAAAAUCAAUCAAUUACAGAAGUUCAUUAAUUACUUAAUAUAUAGUAUACUCCGCGAAACGAAACGCAGUUAUUGUCAUACAUUCAUUAACAAUGCACACAACAACCGUGAAGAGAAAGAGGCAUCACGCAGACAAGUCGAGACUCGUCGGACUCCUUCUCGCCAGUUUCUUUCGCCGUCGUCUCGUCCACCGCCUCCUCAUUUCCGCCACCUUCGUUUGCAUUCUUCUUCUUUUCGUCAUGUUCUCAAUCUUCGCUCCUUCCCCUGCUAUUGAAAAUGAUGACUCGGUUAGAUCUCAUUCGAAUUCAAAUCAGACAUCGGUCUUUAACGUUCCCGUGAAUGGAGAAAUUUACACGCGUGAUUUAUGGAAUUCGACGAACUCGAAUCUUUUCUCUGGAUGCAGUAAUGCCCGUGUCAACUUUGCAAAGGCUGAUGAAAAAACUCAUCCAGAUCGAUAUUUGUUAAUCGCAACCAGUGGAGGCUUAAAUCAACAGAGAACAGGGAUAAUUGAUGCUGUUGUAGCUGCCUAUCUUUUGAAUGCUACUCUUGUUGUUCCAGAGUUGGAUCAUACAUCUUUCUGGAAAGACAGCAGCAAUUUUUCUGAACUAUUUGAUGCUGACUGGUUUAUAACAUUUCUCCGGAAUGACAUUAAAGUUAUAAAGCAACUUCCAAAUAUGGGAGAGAAAUUUAUGGCUCCAUAUACAGUUCGUGUUCCAAGGAAAUGCACUCCCAAAUGCUACGAGGGUCGUGUUUUACCCGUGCUGGUCAAGAAGCGUGUUGUUCGGCUCACCAAGUUUGACUACAGACUUUCUAAUAUGUUGGAUGAUGAUCUACAAAGGCUGAGGUGCAGGGUUAACUACCAUGCUCUCAAAUUUACGGAUUCUAUUCAGGGAAUGGGAAAAUCGUUGGUUGAGCGGAUGAGAAUGAAAAACAAGCAUUUCAUUGCUCUGCAUUUAAGGUUUGAACCCGAUAUGCUUGCAUUCUCUGGCUGCUAUUAUGGCGGGGGAGAAAAAGAAAGAAAAGAACUUGGUGAAAUUAGGAAACGCUGGAAAAAUCUACAUGCAAGCAAUCCUGACAAAGUACGAAGACAUGGAAGGUGCCCACUUACCCCAGAGGAAGUUGGUCUUAUGCUUAGAGCACUAGGUUAUGGAAUUGGCACGCACUUGUAUGUGGCAUCUGGAGAAAUAUAUGGAGGUGAGGAAACGUUAGCACCCCUCAGAGCUCUUUUCCCAAACUUCCAUUCAAAGGAGACCUUAGCUACAAAGGAGGAGUUGACACCAUUUGUUUCAUUUUCUUCUCGCAUGGCUGCACUUGAUUUCAUAGUUUGUGAUGACAGCGACGUUUUCGUCACAAACAACAAUGGGAACAUGGCUAAAAUUUUAGCUGGAAGAAGGAGGUACUUUGGUCAUAAACCUACCAUCCGCCCAAACGGAAAAAAGUUGAACCCCUUGUUCAUGAACAAAACUAACAUGACAUGGGAAGAUUUUGCAUCUCGAGUUCGAACUUUCCAGAUAGGCUUCAUGGGAGAGCCUAAUGAGUUGAGGCCGGGCAGUGGCGAGUUUCACGAGAAUCCAACAUCUUGCAUAUGUCAAAACUCGGGAUCGGAGGUAAAAACUGGGGGAUUUUCCAACCCCCAAAAUCAAACACAUGAAGGCAAUAAAAUAGAAGAAAACAGGACAGAAAAGAAGCCUACCGAGGAAGAACGGGAGUGGUCUGAAUUAGAUUAUGAUUUGGACAGUCGAAAACAGGUUCAGCUCAAAGGAACUAAAAUUGAUUCAAUCCCUCUUCUAAUGGGAAAUGAGCAAGCUGAAGUGCAAGAGUUCUUCUCAGAUUAGAUGUUCCAAUUCAUAGCAUCUCUAACCCUGAAAUAUAGCAACUUAUCCCUGAUUGUUUUUUCGUCUUCUUGCAAUGAGAAGAUCUUCAAACUUCUUUUCUCAGACAGUAUUGAAAAAUAAACCUUUUGUACAUAGUUGAUUAGAUUUUGAUGUGGAGCUCCCCUAAAAAAUGUAGUCUAGAUUGUAGACUUGUAGCAACUGUAAAUAUAGGCCACUGAUAUGUUGAAGCUUCUGAAACUCAAAUCUGUGGGAAGGUUUGAUAAGGCAUUCUUUUUAUUCAUAUUACUUCAUAUAGUAUAGUAUAAGACGGGAUAGCCAUUGAGGCUCUUAAUGUGAAAUUUUUGGAGUAUUUAGAUGUACAUGUAAAAAACAAUGAUUCAAGAACCAUUGCCCAUAGUUUCUUCAACUUUCUUUCUAUUUCCCCGCAUUUGUACCUGAGACUCGGAGGAAACAGAUUUUUACCUCUACCGUAGCCCCAAUCCAAAUUGAUCUCCACAAGUGACCGUCAAGGUUUGUUCUUCGACAAGAGAACUCAUGUAUGUACUAGUAGAGUGCUUUGCAGUAUGUCAAGGUACUUAUAUAUUUUAUCAUUUCAUUUGAACUCACAAUAUAAUAAAAUUUGGGAGUAA